GGGUGGGGGUGGGUGCCAGAGCAGGAGGGAUGUUCUGCUACCAUUGCCCCCCGGGUCUCCCCGCCCCGCGGCUGCCCCCUUCUCUCGAGUAUCCUUUCGCCCCUACUCAUCCUUACACAAGCUAUUCAGCUUACCAUCCAGCUCUUCACGGGGUGGGCGAGGAUUCCUUCGUAAGAAGAAAACAAAGGAGGAACAGGACGACUUUUACUCUUCAGCAACUCGAGGAAUUAGAGUCGGCGUUCGCGCAGACUCACUAUCCGGAUGUCUUUACCAGAGAAGAUCUAGCCAUGAAGAUCAACUUAACGGAGGCCAGAGUUCAGGUGUGGUUCCAAAAUCGUCGUGCAAAAUGGCGCAAGAGCGAGAGGCUGAAAGAGGAACAAAGGAAACGAGAAGGCGCUGGAAGCGGCAGCGCCGGUAGCGUCGGUGGAAGCGCUGGCAGUGCCGGUACUGGUGGAACGACUGGGAACAGUUUGGACGCUGGCGUCCUGGCACCGAUCUCAGGAGGUCCAAGUCCUACAGGAGUUGGAGAGACUGAGGUGGGCAGUGGCGAGGGCGAGGAAGCGGGCCCGGAGGGUGGCUCCAGAAGUCCGAGCACGACAUCCGCUUCCGUGAGUCCGAGGCCCCAGCAGCCGCAGAGUCAGCCGUCCCUGGGUGGCGUCGCGACGCCCCCGCCGAAUCCCAUAAGAGCGCCGCCACUUCCUAACAGCACUGUCGGGGGCCUCGGACCCCCUGUCGAGAGUAGCCCAGGAGCGGGAUUCAGGCCAGUGGAGCCACCGACGUCCCUGUUCUUCUCGCCGCAUCUUGCAGCUCAAUUCUCGCCGCCGUUGUUCGGUAAAAUGAGCAGUGGAGGAACAUCGUUGACUUCCGGGUCCCCCUGGACAUCCAGCGACCACCGAGCAAGCACUCUCCAGGACAUGCUGUCUUGGUCGCCAGCCGGUUGGCCUGCGUCCCUUUGCGGAUGUUGCAAGCCAGGUAGUGGCGAUCUUCAUCGAACAAGUAGCCUUGCGGAACUGCGUAGAAAAGCUCAUGAACAUUCGACGGCCUCGGCUCUUCUCGGAGGCCUUGCUGGGUUUCCCGGCGGGCUUCCGCUACCACUUCCGCUUCCACUUCUGCCACCUUUACUCAGUCUCUCUAGGAGGCCUGAACAUCAUCAUCAUCUACCGGCAGUCGUUCAUCAAAUACAACCCACGAACAAGGAUGAUCCUUAGAACAAGAUGAUACCUACACGUCGUGUUCUUAAGAAGCAGAGAUAAACGAUUCCUCUUGUUUGACUAGAUUGUUCUAAUUUUAUCUUUUUGGAAAUUCCUAUAGCGACUCAAAAUUCGAAGUAAAUAUUAAUACAAGAUCUGACCGACAAGAGAGUUUUUUAAAUAUUUUCCUACGUAUAAAAGGUUUGCAGCCGACUAGCACCAGCUGGUACGAUCCUUGUGUUCUUUACAAUUUCCUGUUUUCCAGUAUAAACUCGUCACGAUGUAAAAUUCAUUGAAAAUUUAAUUUCAACAGUCGCCACCAGGUGGCGACGCUUCACAUUUUUACGCUGUAAUAUUUCAAUGUUUUUUUUCGUGAAAAAUAAAAAGUACAAUGGUUUAUGCUAAUUAAAUACAAAAAAAUAUUGCCAGACGAUUGGCGAUCUCUGCUUCAAAAACAAGGGACUUCUUAUUUUUAAUUUAACUUUAAUGCAGUAUGUUAAUCGUAGUAUACGGAGGCACAAGUUAUUAGCAUGAACCAUUCCUGAGGACCAACUUGUGCCUGCUUACACCGUGACAAUAGGAAUCGCAUCCUCGCAAGGAGUAGUGUAGUCGUGCUGUAUUUAUCGAGUUCAGAACAUGCCUGGCUUCGAUCGUAUUGUCAUUUCUCGAAAUGGUAUCACCGACCACCGUUCCUUUGAGAAAUAAAAAUCAAAUUUUAGACUAACCGUUAAAAUAUUUGAGCAACAGGAGUCUUCUUACUUAGCCAGUCCAUCCAAGAUGGAUAUUCGGAAGAGAACGAAAAUUUCAAUUUCCAAAACAUUAUCAACGAUCAAACUCCAGGAUCCUAAAGAUCCUUAGUAAAGUAUCCUUAAAUGAUACACCUGAGAAUUCUAAACAAGACAUUUUUGCUGUUCGACCAUACGAAAUAAAAUAAAGAAUUGGUCUUCGCUGACUAUAGUUUCUUUUAAUUUUUAUAUCGAAUCCGAUAAAAGAAAUCCAGGAUCCUUUUGAACAUUUAUGGAUUUUGAUCGUUCUGUUUCGAGCAAAAUCAUUUCAAUGUCAUUUGAUCCGUCACAACGAUCGUCUAGGACCACGAAUUCUGCCAAAGAGUAUAUUUAAACGAAACCUCGCGUAGAAAAAGCUCUAAUUUUAGAGACGUGAUAGUAAGUUCUAGAGACCCAUGAGAGAGACAGAGAGACGAAAAGAGAGAGCGAGAGAGAGAGAGAGAGAGAGAGAAGAACGUGGAUACGAAGGACCAGCUCUCAACGUCAGUACAGGCACGAGGAUUCUCUUAUCCUAGAACUUUUUACAGAAUUUCUGGAUAAGUGUGCCUCGACCAGUCUGCCACUUGUUACCGUAACCAAAGCAUAGGCCAAAGGACCGUAGAAACUUUAUAGUAACCUGUAUAUUACUCUACGAUAAUUGUCACUGGUAACAUAAAAAAAAAUCUAAUAAUAAUAAUAAUAUAUACAACAUAUACAUAUAUAAAUAGCAAUUAUAUAUAUAGCGCACACUAUGAUAGUUGUACCAAAUAAACUUGUUCUCGUGA